AUGUCUGAGCCCGAGUUUGAGCAGGCCAGGAAGGAGCUCGUCUCCACCCUCGAGGCCUCUUCCCUCUUCACCAAGAACCCCGAGUACAAGAAGGCCCUCGAGGUAGUCUCCAUUCCCGAGCGCAUCAUCCAGUUCCGCGUCGUCUGGGAGAACGACAAGGGCGAGUGCCAGGUCCAGAAGGGCUACCGCGUGCAAUUCAACUCUGCACUUGGUCCCUACAAGGGCGGUCUCCGCUUCCACCCCACUGUCAACCUUUCUAUCCUCAAGUUUUUGGGCUUUGAGCAAAUCUUCAAGAAUGCCCUGACUGGACUCAACAUGGGUGGUGGCAAGGGAGGUUGCGACUUUGACCCCAAGGGCAAGUCGGACAAUGAGAUCCGCAAGUUCUGUGUUGCCUUUAUGAGGGAGCUCAACAAGCACAUUGGUGCCGACACCGACGUUCCUGCGGGCGAUAUCGGCGUAGGAGGCCGCGAGAUUGGCUACCUCUUUGGCGCAUACCGAGCGGAGCGCAACCGCUGGGAGGGUGUCCUUACCGGCAAGGGAGGCUCAUGGGGAGGCUCUUUGAUCCGCCCCGAGGCAACUGGCUAUGGUCUCGUCUACUAUGUUGAGCACAUGAUCAACUACGCCUCGGGCGGAAAGGAGUCAUUCGCCGGCAAGCGCGUCGCCAUCUCCGGCUCCGGAAACGUCGCCCAGUUUGCUGCCCUCAAGGUCAUCGAGCUUGGUGGUACUGUCAUCUCCCUCAGUGACAGCAAGGGUGCUUUGAUCGCAGACGACGACAAGGGUUUCACCCCAGACGUCAUCAACCAGAUUGCCGCACUCAAGCUGGAGCGCAAGGCACUCACUGCCCUUGAGAACCACAGCUACAGAUACGUCGAGGGUGCCCGCCCAUGGAAGGAGGUCAAGAAGGUCGAUGUUGCUCUUCCAUCAGCGACCCAGAACGAGGUCUCCGAGGACGAGGCCAAGGCACUCAUCGAGUCUGGCGCCAAGUUCAUUGCCGAAGGCUCCAACAUGGGCUGCACACAGGAGGCUAUCGAAGUUUUUGAGGCUCACCGUCGCGAGCACAAGGGCAGUGCCAUCUGGUACGCCCCCGGAAAGGCUGCCAACGCUGGUGGCGUUGCAGUCUCUGGUCUCGAGAUGGCCCAGAACUCUCAGCGCCUGUCCUGGACCGCCGAGGAGGUUGACGAGAAGCUCAAGGGCAUCAUGAAGGACUGCUUCGAGAACUGCCUCAGCACCGCAAAGGAGUACUUUACCCCUGCCGACGGCGAGUUCCCAUCCCUUGUCGGUGGUGCCAACGUUGCUGGUUUCCGCAAGGUCGCUGCUGCCAUGCACGACCAGGGUGACUGGUGGUGA